AUGGAUGCAAGGCGGUCGUUGAAACAUGGUAUGCGUGGUAUGGCUGUAUGCCGACGUGGGUACACGUCCCAAGCAAAAUCGGAUCACGCGGCAGCUCACAACACCGGAGAAUCGGCGCGUAUUUUCCGUUCGGAAGAGACGAGGCACCUGCAGCGCAAACUCAAGAUGACCGAGCUGGACGAGUUCCAAAAACGGGUAAUCAUGUGGAUCCAAGGGUCGGUCAAGUGCUCCGACGGAUCCGUCAAACAGUAUUCAAGCAAUAUGCGGGUUCACGGUGACGUGUUGGGAAGCGCAUAUGGCAACGUUGCGCUGGCGGUGGGAGGCACGAAAACGGGCAAGACCUCUACCUACCUCCUGGCACUGGGCGAUCUGGUCAACGUCGAGCGCUGCGGCUCGGAUGAAACAGCACCGCAGAGGGAUGAAUAUCGCAACAAGACUAUACUUAAUAGGUCGUUAAAACCGUAUAGGCUGCCCUCUAAGCCAGACAUGCCGAAGAUACAUGGACUACCCAAGUUCGACUGGAACUCCUUGAUGGUGCCGCUGGCGGUAGUGCUAGUGCCAAGCAGGGAGAUAGGUUUGAAGAUAUUUGAUACGUGCUGUCAAAUGAAUCUGAGAGCAAGGCUCUUUGCAGGAGGAUUGGGGUACAAAAAACAGUCGUCCUUCACGGGAGGGCACGCAACAUCGGGUCGCAAGAAAAAAAGUGACAAUGUGGACCUUAUAGUAUCGACGCCGGAAAUGUUGCUACGAGUCAUACACGGCGUGUUCGAAGAUGCACGGAUCGACAUAAGGUUCUUGCGCUUUCUAGUGAUGGAGGAGGCGGACAUACUCUGCGAGGGGUUCUACCUGGAACAGCUCAACGAGGUGCUCAACAUGAUACAUUCCACCGAACUCCGCACUCUGUGCGUUACGGCGACCAAGACGGAUGCGCUAAUGAACCACAUAUUGCAGGCGCAUCUGGAUGGAGAUGCGGAUGGGUUGGCGCGGGUCACAAUAGCGCAUCCAGGGAGCCAUACGGUGGCGAAGAACGUGCAGCAGGUGUUCACGGCUAUAGCUCAGAGCGACCCCCUGGACCGGCUUAUCGAAACUCUGGAGGAGCUCGACAUCAGAUCUAGGGGCGACGGUCGCCAGACCGUUGUCUACUGCAACACCGUCAAGUGCUGCAAGUUUCUCGAGCACGCGCUCAGAGAACGGGGAUAUAAUGCCGCGUCACUGCACGGGGAGAUGGGUUACGAACAGCGCAGCAAGAGUGUCAAAGACUUUGGGACGCAAAGCAACAUCCUCGUUGCCACAAACGUAGCCAGCAGGGGUGCCCUCAGCUGCCACGUCGACCACGUGAUAUCAUUCGACUUCCCUAGGAACGUCACCGACUACCUUCAUCGAACGGCUGGAGUGGCGCAUAACGGUUCCGUGAACACCUUUUUCGCGAAGAAGCAUCUGCCGGUACUCAAGAACAUACAGCGACUCAACACCCCGGAACAUCGCAUAGAGUACCGCAACGUGAGUGCUAGGGUUGCCAGGGUGCUACAGCUGCAGCUUGAGUGGGAUGCCAAGCUUGCGCUAAGGAACCGGAAACUGAAGAAGGGUGGCAGAAAGGCGCUCAACCUUCCGCCGAGGCGUAAUAUACUCUCCCCGGUUAACAAGAAAGCCAUGAAACGUUUCUACUUGAGGGAGAAGGCAGUGAAGAAAGUGCAGUUCUUGCAGAAGCGCGGGAUGCUCCGCAAGGGCUACGGGCUGCCCAGGUGGCCGGACCGCGCAGUGGAGGCCAGCGACAGCCAGGAGUUCGUGAGAAUGCAGCGUUCCGCGGACGGAUUCUUACAAGUCAUACCGAAACGACGUUCGAGGGUGCCACGUCCUUCACAGGAAGGCGCUUAUGACGAAGAUGCCGUGCCGAUAGAAGGCGCACCUUCUUACGAGCAAGAGACAAGCCAAAAGCCUCGUAAACACCACCGUAACCUCAAAUUCUAA